AUGCCGGACUGGGACACCAACAUAAAAAGUUGCCGCAGUCCCCUGACUGGAGCACCCAGAGCCAGCGAGGCAACACAACACAUCUCCUCCUACCUGUCUGCGCCCGAAACCACCAGGUUCGUGACACCACCCUGUCGUGCAAAGGUUCGCGCUGACCUGCCACAGCUGAGCACAAGCGUGAUGCCGGAAGUCUUGGGCUUGGAUCCUCAGACCGAUGGUGUCCGCAGGAUGGGCAGAUGGUCUCAGAGCGAUGGUUCUGAGGUCACCGGAUUAAUCGAAUGGACAUCCAAACCUGACGAAAAAUUCCGCCAACUUCUCGACAGAGUGAAGCGCAUAAUCCCCACAGAGGGGGACUGGCCCGGCGAGGUACAAACCUUCAAGAUCCUUUUGGAAGCUCACAUUGGCGCACAGAGCGGCAUCCUCUACGACUGCCCUCAGGGACACACAGACCUCCACCAAGUCCUCUGCCAGCACCCCGCGCCGUCCAUGGGUGACAGGGUCACUCUCAUCAAGACGAUCAUGGAACAGAUACGAUCGCUGAACUUCCACUUUGAGCUCCUUCACCCGGCGCUACGGACCGAGAGCUUUGUUUUCGUCGGACACGGCCCCCAACUAGACUUUUCGAGGCCGUACGUCCUCGACUGGACGCGUCAAGCACAAGCCGAAAUCUACCAACGCCCCGGAUGCCAUGGAGAUAAGGUGGUCUUGGCUGACCAGAUCUGGUCUCUCAUGAUGAUCCUAUCCGAGAUAGUUGAGUGGAAGCCAAUGGACAGAUCAUUCAGCACUGGGGGAAACUUGACACAUAGAAAGAUGGCGAGAGUGAGUCUCACGACAAGCCCAAAGUGGCAUAGCCAACAAUGCGCCGCUUUUUUCAACUAUGGCUUCGAAUUCACCGACAAGGAACCCGACACGCCUGAAGGGUAUAGCCGCUGGGAUGCCAGGCUCUUCUUUGAUGGACUCUUUGCCAUCCUGAAGUGA